AUGGCAGCUAUUACUGAAAUGGGAGACGAGAUUGUGGAGCAUGAACAACGAAGCAACUGUUUUUGCAAGACAAGUACCAUAAUGAAGUUUGGUAAACAGAACGGUGCUAAUGACAUCGGCAUAACAGAUCACAUACUUAGCAAUGACAUUUCAAGUGUCAAUAGUAAUCAGUUAAAUGGACCAGAAUUGACAGCAAUAGCAACUUUUACCACCGGAAGCAGUGAACCGGAAGUUCGGGAUACUCAUGUUCCGACGCCGAUUGCUGCAGAGAAUGCGGAUUUCCUUAACGGACCUGACCAAGUGCUUCCAGCAACAGGAUUGUCUACAUCGAACGUCAAUGGCCGAGUUAAAAUACGAUUUGAAGACAGAGGUAUGGGCGCCAGGGAACCCAUCUCUGUACCUGGACUUUUGUACAAGAUAGCUCAAGAGUACCCUGAUCAUCCAGCACUUGUUUCCAAACGCGAAGAUGGUCAGUGGAAGGAAAUGACUUAUAAAGAAUAUGAAGUUUCUGUGAGGACAUGCGCAAAAGGAUUCCUGAAGCUUGGGCUGAUGCGAAAUCAUUCUGUCUGCAUCUUGGGCUUCAAUUCACCAGAAUGGUUCUUUUCUUAUUUGGGUGCUAUAUAUGCUGGUGGCUUUGCGGCAGGAAUUUAUACAACAAAUUCAUCAGAGGCUUGCCAUUACUGUGCUGUAAGAAGCCUCGUUAAUAUUAUUGUAGUGGAGGACAAGAAGCAGUUGGAUAAAAUUCUGGACUUCAAAGACAAGCUUCCGGAGCUUAAAGCUAUAGUGCAGUACCAUGACAAACCCGAAGUUGAAGGAGUUAUCAGUUGGGAAGAACUGAUGAAGAUUGGGCGUGGAGAGCCAGACGUACAUCUGAACAACGUAUUGAAAACGAUUGGCGUCAAUGAAUGCUGCUCACUUGUAUUCACUUCUGGGACAGUUGGUAACCCAAAAGCUGCCAUGUUGAGCCAUGACAACUUUACAUGGAAUGCGGAAACCGUUCUACAAUAUAUGGGAAUUUCCAAAGGAAAAGAAGUCCUUGUUAGUUUCCUGCCACUUAGUCAUGUAGCAGCACAGAUUUUGGACAUUCACAUUUCUAUUACAGUUGCAGCAACGGUCUACUUCGCUGACAAAGAUGCCCUUAAAGGAAGUCUGGUGAAAACUCUUCAGGAGGUUCGUCCUACUCGGUUCCUUGCUGUACCUCGAGUCUGGGAGAAGAUUUAUGAGAAGAUGCGAGAAAUUGGUAGGCAGUCAGGUGUAAUUAAAAGAGCUAUUGCAACUUGGGCAAAGGGACAUGGACUUCGGCAUUACCUUAAUAAGAUGAAUGGAAUUGGCAGCAACACGUUUUCAUACAUGUUAGCCAAAAGACUCGUAUUCUCUCGAAUCAAGAAAGCCUUGGGUUUGGAUCGCUGUGUCACUGCACUCUCAGGAGCUGCACCAAUCUCUGUUGACGUCAAGAAAUACUUCUGGAAGAUUGACAUUCAACUUAUGGAUGCAUUUGGAAUGACGGAAACCACUGGAGGACACACAUUCAAUAUUGAGAGGGAAUUUAGGUUAGAGGCUGCAGGAAAGGAAAGAGAUGGUGUUUACUCCAAGAUUAUGUAUGCUGAUGAAGAUCAACAGGGAGAAGUGUGUAUUAAUGGGCGGCACGUUUUCAUGGGCUACCUGGACGACCCUGAAAAGACUUCUGAAGUUUUUGAUGAGGAAGGAUGGCUUCAUACAGGAGAUCUUGGAAAGAUUGAUGAAAAUGGUUUUCUAUAUAUCACUGGCAGGAUUAAGGAGCUGAUUAUCACAGCUGGAGGCGAGAACAUUGCACCUGUUCUGAUUGAAGAAGAAGUGAAAGCUCAACUUCCAUGCAUCAGCAAUGCAAUGCUCAUUGGAGACAGAAGAAAAUUUCUUUCAAUUCUUCUCACAUUAAAGACUGAAAUGAAUUUAGAGACUGGUGAGCCUCUGGAAGAAUUAGCACCAGUCACAAAGCAGUGGUGUAAGGAGCUCGGUUUGAAAGCUAGUACUGUGAAAGAUAUUCUGAAUGGACCAAACGAACAGGUCAUGGAUGCAAUACAGAAAGGCAUUGAUCAAGCAAAUGUCAAGGCAAUAUCCAAUGCACAACGGGUACAGAAGUUCCAGAUACUUCCUCGUGACUUCUCAGUUCCUACCUGUGAGAUAGGGCCAACAAUGAAAGUAAAACGUAAUGUUGUAUUAAAGAAAUAUGCAGACAUCAUUGAAAGGUUCUACCAAGAAACAGAACAAAGAUAAUAGCAGAACCUCCUUACCAUAUGCCCACAUAAAGCAAUCGGUACUUUCAGUGAUCCUCUAGGCAAUGGAAUACUAUAAUUUUGUUUUGCUGGGAUUCCAUUCCAAAAUAAGGAACAAAGUAGUUUA